AUGAGCGACUGCAACUCGAGCAGCACACCGAUGGAAAAUCGCCUGAAAAUGAAGAAAAACACUGGUCAGACAGUGGACUCGACAGAGUAUCGCAGUCUGAUUGGGAGCCUGAGAUAUCUGGUAAACACCAGGCCUGACAUAUCAUAUGCAGUAGGGAUUCUCAGCAGGUUCAUGGAAUCACCUGGGAAGGAACACUGGACUGCUGUGAAGCAACUUCUGCGUUACAUAAAAGGUACACCUGGCUUCGGCUGUUUCUUCAGGAAAGGGGAGAAGGAUGUGUUGACAGGCUACAGUGACAGUGACCAUGCUGGUGAUCUCAACGAUCGCAAGAGCACUACUGGAGCUGUUUUCUUCCUUGGAUCGGGAGUGAUCACUUGGACAUCUCAGAAACAAAAGAUUGUGGCACUGUCAUCCUGUGAGGCAGAAUACAUAGCAGGAGCAACAGCAGCUACACAGGCUGUGUGGUUGAGCAGACUGCUUGCGGAGAUGCUCGGCGAAGGAGUUCAGAAAGUUAAGCUGAAGAUCGACAACAAGUCAGCUAUUGAGCUCAGCAAGAACCCAGUCCAUCAUGAGCAAAGUAAACACAUUGAUCUCAGGUAUCACUAUAUUCGAGAGUGUGUGGAGCUGGGCAGAGUGGAUGUUGAGCAUGUGAGAACAGGUGACCAGAUUGCUGAUAUUCUCACCAAGUCACUGGGCAGGACUCAGUUCAGUGAGCUACGGAGCAGGCUUGGGAUCAUGCAGGUGCAGCAGAUUAGGGGGUGA